UGCAGAACGCGCAUGCGCUUCGUGCUCCAGUCGGCACUUGGUGUUGAGGUUCUGGUCCAACGUGCCAAUGAACAGACUGGUUCACCGGAGUCUCAGCUCCACUCGGCGGGUCGCUGAGCCGCCGGUUCGGUUCCUUGUACGCUCAGCUCAAGGCCAAAGCGCGUGCCCUCCGGAAGUGAGAGCCUCGCGUGUCAGGAGAACCUUCCUGGACUUCUUUCAACAACAACAUGAACAUCGACUGGUACCGUCCUCUCCGGUCCGGCCCAGAGGGGAUCCUAGUCUACUUUUUGUUAACGCCGGAAUGAAUCAGUUCAAGCCCAUCUUGUUGGGCACAGUGGAUCCGCGCAGCAACAUGGCGUCGUAUCGCCGCGUGGUCAACAGUCAGAAGUGCGUCCGAGCUGGCGGCAAACACAACGACCUGGAGGACGUGGGCAAGGACGUGUACCACCACACCUUCUUUGAGAUGUUAGGGAACUGGUCGUUUGGAGACUACUUCAAAGAAGAAGCAUGUGCGAUGGCAUGGAGCCUCCUUACGGAGCACUAUGGCAUUCCUGAUGAUAGACUUUAUGUGUCGUACUUUGCUGGGGACACUGCUUUAGGUUUAGGAGCUGACGAGGAGACUCGGCACAUCUGGUUGAACAUCGGGGUCCCUCCGGCUCGCCUUCUUCCCUUCGGCCUGAAGGAGAACUUUUGGGAGAUGGGGGACACGGGCCCAUGUGGUCCCUGCACAGAGAUCCACUAUGACCACGUUGGGGGGAGAGAUGCCGCCCUUCUGGUUAAUGCAGACUGUCCUGAUGUGGUGGAGAUUUGGAACUUGGUCUUCAUGCAGUAUAGCAGGGAGGCGGAUCUCCAGCUGCGGCUCCUGCCCCAACGGAGCGUCGAUACUGGCAUGGGACUGGAAAGACUAGUGAGUGUUCUUCAGGGUAAAAGGUCAAAUUACGACACAGACCUCUUUGUACCGCUGUUGGACGCCAUCCAUGAGAGAAGUGGCGUGGGGGCUUACGGUGGCACGACGGGGGCUCACGCUCAUGUGGACGUGGCUUACAGGGUUGUAGCUGACCAUGUGCGAACGCUGGCCGUAUGCAUCGCCGACGGGGUUCAUCCCGGCAUGUCAGGCGCAGAGUUGGUGCUGCGGAGGAUUCUCAGGCGGGCCGUCCGAUUCUGUACCGAGGUCCUGCGUGCUCCUCAGGGGACGCUGGCGGGCCUGAUCCCCACAGUUGCACACACCUUGAGUGAUGCGUAUCCUGAGCUGCAACGUGAGGCGGACAGAGUGAUGGACGUUAUCAACGAGAAUGAGGAUCACUUCCUGUCGUCUCUGCAGCAGGGCGGCAGGCUCAUUCGACGAACCCUCGACAGGAUGGACCGCAAACAUGGAGUCUUUCCUGCCUCGGUAGCCUGGUCUCUGCACCGGGACCUGGGCUUCCCUUUGGACCUGGUGGACCUGAUGCUGGAGGAGAGAGGAGUAUCUGUUGACCGUCACCAACUGGACCAACUGAUUGCACAGAAUCACAAGGGGGCGGCGGAGCAAAGCGGUGCUCGGUCUCAGCUGGCGUUGGACGUGGUCACCUUAGCGGCGUUGCAGCAACUCGGAGUCGGUCACACGGAUGACAGCCUCAAGUACGAGUACAGACUGGAGCAGAACCGCUACGUCUUCCCAGCAUGCCGAGCGACCGUGGUGGCGCUGUUUGACGGACACACACUGGUGUCACAUGUCAAGGAGGGACAACGCUGCGGUGUCAUUUUGGAUCGGACGUCCUUGUACGCCGAGCAGGGGGGGCAAUCUGCAGACCGAGGCUACUUUGUACGGGAUGACAUGCAGGAAGUGCCUUUCUCCCUGGAUGGGGUGUUUCGUGCAGGCGGGUAUGUGAUCCACCAGGUGAUCGCCCCUGACACCCUUAAGGUGGGAGACCGAGUCCACAUCCACCUGGACCAGGCCCACCGGGUGGCGUGCAUGGUCAACCACACGGCCACACACACGCUCAACUUUGCCCUCAGGAAAGUUCUGGGCCCGUCGGUUGAGCAGAGAGGCUCCCACGUGUCGGCAGACCGCCUCCGUUUCGACUUCAGCUUCAAGGGCUCGUUGAGUGUAGCUCAGCUGCAGCAGGUGGAGAACUGCGUUAACGAGAUGGUGCUUGCCAAUCAGGCGGUCCACAUCGAGGAAGUUCCCCUUCACAGCGCCAUGAGCAUCACGGGCCUCCGGACGGUGGACGAGGUGUACCCUGACCCGGUCCGGGUGGUGUCGCUCGCCGUUCCAAUUUCUGAGCUGCUGGACAAUCCCACGGACAGUCGCACGUCGGUGGAACUCUGCUGUGGAACUCACCUGCUGCACACCGCCGCCAUUCAAGACCUCGUCAUCGUGUCGGAGAAACCGCUUGUUAGAGGAAUUAGUCGUGUUAUCGCGGUGACGGGACGAGACGCAUCACAGGCUCGAGAGGCGGGGCAGUCGUUACUUCAGGAUGUGGACUCGCUGUCGGCCAGGAUGACAGGCUCCGCCUCUUCUUGCCUCGACUCAGCUCAAAGUCUUGCCAAGGAGGUGGGCGUGGUCUCUGAUGCAGUGGACAACACGCCCAUCCCCCAGUGGCUACGUGGUGAACUGCAGGCCCGCCUGAAGAGUCUGCAGAGGCGGAGUAACACUUUGGUCAGGAAGCUGGAAACCGGAGAGGCGGCAGUCAAGGCUCAGGCUGUGCUGGACAACAACGGCCAUAAAGACCUCCUGGUGGACUCUGUGGAGGCGGAGUCUCUUUCGGUGGUGAUGAAGGCAGUCAACCAGCUGAGCUCAGCUCUUCCUCAAAGUCACGUGAUGCUGCUGGCACACCAGAGGCAUUCUGGGAAAGUCCUGUGCGCCUGUCAGGUGCCAAAGGACUCUGUGGCGCUCUCGGCUUCAGCCUGGGCGGUGGCGGUGUGUCGUCAGCUUGGCGGCGAGGGCGGAGGCUCUACGGUGGUUGCCCGAGGGACAGGAAGUACCGCUGACAUCACAGAAGCUCUCAGAUGGGCGGAACAGUUUGCCCGCAGGAAUAUCAAUGGAUGACUUUUUCAACAGCAGGAACAGGAAGCGUUCGUCUUAGUCAUAUCAUGGAACCAAAGGCGACCUCAAGAGGUGACCCCGCCCAUUUUAUCAAUCAUGUGGAUCAAUUUCUUUGUUUUAAAAGGAAUUUAAGAUACUUAAACACAGAUACCAACCAAUAAAAAUAAUGCACGGCGGACGAGUGAUUAGCGUGCAGACCUCACAGCUAGGAGACCAGGGUUCAAUUCCACCCUCGGCCACCAUCUCUGUGUGGAGUUUGCAUGCGUGCAUGCGUGGGUUUUCUCCGGGUACUCCGGUUUCCUCCCACAUUCCAAAAACAUGCUAGGUUAAUUAGCCACUCCAAAUUGUCCAUAGGUAUGAAAGUGAGUGUGAAUGGUUGUUUGUCUAUAUGUGCCCUGUGAUUGGCUGGCCACCAGUCCAGAGUGUACCCCGCCUCUCUGUACCCCGAAGACAUCUGGCAUAGGCCCCAGCAUCCCCCUGCGACCCUCGUGAGGAAAAAGCGGUAGAAAAUGAAUGAACGAAUGAGUCAUAACAUCUUAAAUCUCACAUCCUAUCAGACUAACCUGACACCUGCACGGGUGGCGGUGGGGGCGGAGCUUAGCAGACAUUUGACUGCAGUUACUCCUUCAGCAAACAAACCAAACCUGAUGUCAUGUGAUCCACUUUGUUGAAGUAUUGAAAAUGAUGCAUCCAAAUACAUGCUACAAAUACUGAUGUAGCAGAGGAUAAAAAAUUGUGUAGAAAAAAUGCAUUAAAAUGAUGCAUAAUAAAUAAUAAAAAGGUGUGUAAAGGAUGUAUAUGUCAGAAUGUAUGUAGGUCAUUAAAAUAUGUAUAUAAUGCUUUUAAAUCGU